AUGUACUUCGACCAUGGCGCCGUUCCUCUUAUUCUGCCGGACUUCUCCCAGGCGGCUGCGCCAACGGGCGAGCUGCGGGCUCACAUGAGGAGCUUCUUCUACCUCAAGCUCUCCAAGUCCUACUUGUACCAGAUGUACCUCGUCACCGGCAUCAUCAGCUGUCUCGUCAUCAUGGGCGCUGCAGUGGGUAUUUGGCGUCUUUGGGAAGGCUCUCUUUGGGUCUUUCGUAUCCAGCCAGCUUCACGCUCCAACUACUCUUUGAUUGUGCCCAACACUGUCAUGUCCUUUGUGCUCAUCGAGGCUUGCUUCGGCAUAGUCUUCAUCAUAUACAUCUGGUGUCAGAUCGAGGCAUUUGAGAAGGGAUACGACAUGGCGGGGCAGGGCCCAUGGCUUCUUAUUGUCUGGCAGCUACUCUUUGCAGGUGCCUGGUAUGGCUCCGUUGGCACCUUCUAUGCCUCGCCAGGAGUUCUAUCGCGGAGGCACCUACCGCCCGGUCGCUUUGACAUCGCCAAGCUCAUUCCGGGACCAGGCAUUUGCAACCUCUUCUGCGUCGGCAUGCCUUUCUUUGUCAUCAUCUCCACUGGCGUCGUCGCUGUUAUCCUUGGUCAGCACUGGCAUGACACCUUGCGCGAAUGGGAGGCUCUAGACAAGGCACUGUCCCAUUUCAAAUCCUCAGAUGCUAUACCUGCAGGAGCCCUGGAGGCUGCGCUGCAAGUUUGGGAGCAUUGGAGUCUGACAUGGUGGUACGUCCGUGUGGGCUACUUCAUCUGGUUUAUUUGGGCCAGUCUCCUCUUCCUCUUCUACCUUCCUGCUGGCGCCAAGCUCGCUCUUACGCUCAAGAAGCAAUUCGAGGAAUCUCGUCGAGCUGAGCGUGAUCUGCAGAUGACGCUGCAGCGGCGAAGAAAGGAGCGCGAGCAAAAGAAACAGCAGCAGUCACCUGCGGGUGAUGCUCCUGUAUGGAACGAUGCUCCCGAAGACGACGAAGGCCACUCAGCAACGACCCGAAGACGUGACAGAGAAGCCCUGGCGGAAGCUAGGCGGGCAGCAGAGUCUACAUUUUACCCACCUAUCAAGGCUACAAGAACGAAUAUCGACAGCAGUCAGGCUGGGCCAGCUGUGCCUGUCCUACGCAAGAGUCUGAUCAACAUCAUCGUCAUGUGGAGCUCGAUUUCCUCUGCAGUCGCUUCUUAUGCCGUCCUCUGCGCAUGGAUCAGCAUCAACAUGUAUAGGUCUUCCUUGCAGGGCCCUCGAGAGCUCGCAGAGUCCUACAUGAUCUACAAUCUGGUCGCUGCCUGGCUCGCCUGCUGCUUCGGUGGCCUCAACUUUGUCUGGAUCACCUCUCGUACUUUCGAGCCUGUCAUUGAAGGACUGCAGUACAAGCAUGGCAGAACCAGUGAGGUGGUCAAGAGCAUCACGACCUUUUUCUCCUCGAGCAAGAAUCAGGAUCACCCUGAUUUCGCUACCGGCACGCGUACGGGACGAUUCCGCAGAGGGAGACAGAGUAUGGGUGAGGCGCUAACAGCCGCAAGUCACGAGGAGUCCCAUCUUCGAGAGACUCCUGAUGUUGAAGACCUAGCUGCGAACGGAGUCGCGCGGACGCACGACAUGGCGAUCGAUCCUUCAGCUGCUUCAGAGUCUUACGAGCAACCACUGCAGUCUCCCUUCGGUACAAGCCAUGUCAGAAAGGGCAGCAUGGGAAGCCGAACCACUCGAGACGAAGAAGAGGCGGCUCCAUUCCAGCUAGACCCUGCCACACACGUCCCGACCUACCCUGAACCAUCGCACCAUCGUGACACUGCUGUACGAGGCGGCGAAAGAACUCAAGGGGAACUCCGACCCAAGGCAAGCGACGUAUCCUACAACACCACCUCACCUCGAUCUUGCCUCAGGCAGGCAAGGGACAGUGAUGAAGACUCUCUCGAGCCUCCCUCCAGGUCGCCAGUACAGAUCCACAUCGAGUCUCCUCCGCCUAGUCCGCACCGUCCAAGUCGAGGGACGAUGCAGCAACAGCAGCAGAAUCUUUCGCCUGCUGAAAAAGGUGCAAAGUCUCGGCCCAGUGGCAGACGACCAGUGGCUCGAUUCGAUGACCAGGUUCACACUUUCCAUCGUGAUGAUGAGCUCUAG